GUUCACCAACUCUAUGUAAAGGAAGCCGCACUAUAGAAGGAAAUAAAAUGCAGGUGCACUUCCAAGUCCACUUCAGUCUUCAAUGUGCUCUCGGAUUUAUUUAACAUUGACAUUACAUCCAACGUUAACAUCACAUUAUCUUCCCAACCCAAUAUUACUCCAAUCAACCCGUAAGCGUCGGGACAUUUAUUUCUAACAGGCUCUUAACUCUUAAACUACACCAUUUACACCUCUUUUGAAAAUCACAUCAAAUCCUAUUUUUCUGUUCUAUUGUCUUACGUUAAAAUGAUGCGUAAAAUCCCACCAAGUGACGAUGCUGAUGCUGCUAGCACUCAGACUCCCAAUUUCGAUCAGUUGCCUGAGCAACUUGAACAAGAGAUCCCUCAAAGAGCCAGACCGAAUGCUCACAUUUUACACCGGAAGUUUAUAGAUUUCAAAAAAAAGCUAAGCCGCUGUCAAUGUCCGUUAUCAGAUUCGCCACCGCCUGAAUCAUCGGUACAAAAACCCUGCGUCGCGGUCCCGGGUAAGAGUGAAACCGGCGGCAGUGACAGCCACAGCUACAACUCUCAACGUAACUUAAGCUCAAUCGGCCUUACUGAGUCAAAAUAUGGCUCCAUAGGCGACAGUAGGAAAUCGUAUUCACCUACGUGGUAUGACUGUGAAACCGACGAACUAGCCAAGGCUGUCCCACAGCCUCCCAUAUUCAGAAAGUGGCCGGAUGAAGAGCUCCAGCUCCAGCGCGAGGUCAUUGAAAAGUACGAAGCGGGAAUCAGAUUAUGGACUAAGAAGAAGCUCCUCGACAUGGAAGACACGAUUACGGGUUUUGUCCCCGACGUAGUACGGACUUCGCUCUAUGCUGGACCAGGAUUUUAUAUUGGUCGUAAAGAAAUAGGGCACUUAUACCAGAUCGAUUUCCAUGGUUACUAUGAUAUGGCUUUUCCCUUCGCUUCUCGACCCGAAGGGGCACCAUACAGCUCCAUGACCAUCAAAGUGAAGCCCGCCUACACCUACAUACGCAAGAACAUCGACGAAGAGGAGAAAAAAUUUGUCCAAUGCCAGGCCGCCUAG